GUUUCUAGAGUAGAAUGAACGGAAAUAGAACAGUGGGCUCGACCGCUUUAAAACGUCUCAUGACGGAAUAUAGAGAAUUAACACUGAAUGCACCCGAAGGUAUUACUGCAGGUCCCAUUGAUGAAAACAACUUUUUUGAAUGGGAAGCCUUGAUUGCAGGACCUGAAGGCACACCUUUUGAAGGUGGAUUAUUUCCUGCUACGCUCACUUUUCCUAAAGAUUAUCCUCUAAGCCCGCCUACGAUGAAAUUCACUUGUGAUUUCUUUCAUCCUAAUGUAUAUCCCAAUGGAACUGUCUGUAUUUCUAUAUUACAUCCGCCAGGAGAUGAUCCCAAUAUGUAUGAAAGCAGCUCAGAACGAUGGAGUCCUGUUCAAAGCGUCGAAAAGAUUUUGUUGAGCGUGGUCAGUAUGCUGGCAGAACCUAAUGAUGAAAGUGGAGCUAAUGUUGAUGCCUGUAAAAUAUGGAGAACAAACAGAGAACUCUAUAACCAAAUUGUAAGAGAAAAUGCAAUGAAGACAUUAGGUUUGCAGUAACAAACGAUGAAUAAUUUAAUAAAAUUGGAGGAUAUACAAAUAUAUAUAUGUACAAUAUAUAUUCAUACGAAAGAAGGAAAGAAAAAGAAAUGCUAAACAGAGAAAAGGAAAAAGAG